CAUGACCGUACUGCCGCUGCCAGUUUCCUUUCUUUUCCAAGUCUAACUCUUUGCCAGUCAAUCGCAGCUGUCGUCGUCGUUUCUCACCCUCCGCAGCUCCGGUGCUACGCUUCAUAUUUUAAAUAUCCAGAGCCCAUCCCAGUCGGGGCACCUCUCGCCACCAUGUCCUCGUCAUUGCAGGCCGUAGAUCCCAAUCCGACCACGCCUGUGUACACCAAUGAUGUCCAGUGGAUCACGGCGUACCUUGUGAUACACAUGAUGAGUGACAACUCGCGCCGGUACGCCUAUAUAUUCUGGUUUUGCGUCGCGGUAGUUUUCCUUCUUUUUACCCUUCUCUACCUUACACGGUUCCGUGGCGGCACGUUGGGCGCUUACUGGGCUAAGUGGGCAAUACGAAGACGGACCUGGAGAGGAAAGAUUGCCCGCAAACGGAACCAGUAUCCUAUAUCCUUACCGCCGAACGGCCAGCUGCUGUGCCUUGCCCUACUCCCAAUCGUUGCAAUCCUGCUCUGUUUUGCCGGCCCGGACUAUAUCAAUCCUGCCGACGGUCUCUUUGACGUCACCAAUCCAGGAUUAUCAACUCGUUCCUACGAUGUCUCCCAGUUUACCCGUUGGCAGCCACAGUAUACUAUAUACAAGGCUUGGUGGACAGCCGGCGGUAGGGCAGGGAUCAUUGCUUUCUGCCUUCUCCCGCUCUGUGUCCUGUUUGCCCUCAAGGCCCCACCUUUCGCCAUCUUCGCCCUUCCAUUCACGACUCAGAUACACUUUGACAAGCUAUCCUGGCUCCACCGGUGGUCCGGCAGGCUCAUAUACAUCAUAACCAUUCUUCAUGUCGUGUUUUGGAGCAUCCAAUUAUUGAGAGACACCCGCAGCUUAACCGGCAAAGAGGCGUAUGUGUAUGCCUGGCAGUACGAAAAGUUUUUAUAUGGGUGGGCGGCCUUUAUUCUUAUGACACUCCUCGUAGUUCUCUCGAUUCAUCCAAUACGGAAGCAUCACUACGAGACCUUCUACAUCGGCCAUAUCGCUUUCGUGCCGCUUACUUUGGUAUUUUCUGCCCUCCAUCAUCCUCCGGUGGCCAUGUGGUGUUGGAUUGCCUUAGCCAUCUGGAUCGCAGAGCGUGUAUGGCGUGGCACUUGGUGGUUUUAUACGAACGGCCUCUUUGGUAGAGAUACCACCUCGGCACCAGCAACCGUCGUAACCUCACCAGCACACAAGGCGGUGGACUCUGAAAGCCAAAUGCUGCGUCCGUCUGCAUACCCAUCCCCAGAGUCUUACUCAGGAUACCCUCCGCCAGCACCAUCACCCUAUCUUUCCGACCAAUACUCUCGUCUUUCGCUAAUGGAACCCACCAGCGCGUUGCGGUACUCUCCACCCCCAGGUUAUGCGCAUGUUGAGCUUCUGUCCGGAGCCACAGUGCGUCUAACAUACAUAUCUCCAGGAUUUCUCUCCUGGGCUCCAGGCCAACACUUCUUGAUCAACGUCCCUUCCGUUUCACGCCUUGUCAGUCAUCCUUUCACUGUUGCAUCUAUAUGCGAUGAGCAGGCCCCUUCAAAUUCGGGUCGCGCCAUCGUUCUUCUCGUUAGAUCUAAAGCUGGGUGGACGAGAGAUUUAUGGGAUUAUACCCUUAAGCUGCUGAGCCAGGGUCAGAACCACCCACCGGGUGAAAACCCCCCGAAUGGAACGGUUAUGCCAAAGAAUGGUGUUCUUAUGCGAAUGUUUAUAGACGGACCCUUUGGGAGCGCCGUACGUGCUCGUUGGGAGGAUAACGCCACUGUUGUCAUCUUCGUUGCUGGAUCUGGUGUCAGCUUCGGCUUAUCAAUACUUGAGUAUGUCUGCCUUUGCUUGGCUGGUCGGGAUGGUAAACAUCUUGGCGGGCGAGCUGGUGGGUGGGGGCGGAAAGGUUUCGCCACCAGACGGGUAAGAUUUGUGUGGCUCAUCCGAGAAUACGGACAUAUUCAAUGGUGUGCGUCGAUCCUUCGUCGGUGUAUGUCCAUGAUUCCUUCUCCCGGUCUCGAUGUGGACAUUUUCGUGACUAAUUUCCAACCCCAAAUUCGUCGACAACCGUCGCGGCCGAAAAUUGAACUCGAUUCGGAACUCAUACCCCCUGCGCCUCAUUUCAACCGCCGGCCCGCCUCGCCUGCCGAAUCCGAAAGCGAAGGCGAGGACGUCGAUCUCAGCUACUAUGUCGGGGAGUUUGGUGAUGAAGGCGACGUAGGUGAUAUGUCUGUGAGACGACGCGAGGAUUACACGCUCGACCUGACUAACUUCGAUGGUGAUAACGAGACGGCACUUCCUGGAGAAGCUCAACUUAAUCGGCGUGUGCGGAAAGUCGGGAAGGACCGACGGGCACAUACGCGGAAGUUCUCUCACGCGAUUCACAUGAAGGAGAAACUCGAUGAAUUUGCUCGUCUCCAGCGGCAGUCAAUACAUUCUACCGAUGGAUUGCUUACCCAUGAGAACAAGCCUACUCACAAAAGAAACGUGUCGUCAGAAUCGACAGUCGAAGGAGACCUGGCGAGCUCGAAGCCAUUGUCUUCGGAGGACUAUAAUCGUCGCCAUUCAUACCUUUCCGCUGAUUCUCACGUCCAUGCCUCUUCUCCACUCCGCCCGCCAACACCUACUCUUAGCCCCCUUUCCCCCUCUUCUAACGAAACCGAAACGAUUAUGUCAUUGAGUGCAGACACCCUGGAAACGCCCACUAGAGAGGGAGAUGUAGAUACCUAUGGUCAAAGACUACACUUGAACGAACCGGAGAUGCGCGAUAUGGCUGUUGUAGCUGAGCAUGCCCGCCCGGGUAAACCUAGAAUAGACCGGAUUCUGAAAGAUGAAGUUGAACGGUCUAAUGGGUCUGUAAUUGUUGCUUGCUGUGGACCCACCUCUUUCGGUGCGAUGGUGCGUAAAGCCAUUUCCCAUCAGAUCAAUCCUGCCCGGGUGCGGAAGGGAGAUAGACGAGGUUACAUUGACCUCGUUUCGGAGGAGUUUGCAUAUUAAUUCGGAUUUUCCUUAUACCUUUACUUUACAUGGACGGACAAGUGUCGCAUCUUCGUACAUUUUCUUGCAUCGCAUCAGCUAUCGUGGACUACAAUCACUCUCCUUUACGCACAACCUUGUAUCCAAUCUAUUUUACCAUGUAAUCUACAGCACAAUAGCCCCUAUUUUGCCGCUUUUGGUAA